CACGUGACCGUCUGUGUGUAUUUUGACGUGUAACAGAGCAUGUAAUCCGGAAGAGCCUUCUCAGAGUCCAUCAUGUUAACAGGAGAUACCAACGAUGAAGACGUGUCUCUGUUUGAUGCUGAAGACGAUGCAGGGAAAACGUCAAAGAAAGGCGUUAAGCAUCCGGUGGCGUCCUUCUUCCACCUCUUCUUCAGAGUGAGCGCCACCCUCGUCUACCUCCUCUGUGACCUCCUCAGUGCGAGUUUCAUCGCCUCCAUGGUCACCAUAAUCCUUCUGCUCUCCUGUGACUUCUGGACAGUAAAGAACAUCACAGGGAGGCUGAUGGUGGGUCUGCGCUGGUGGAACCAGGUGGACGAUGACGGGCAGAGCCGCUGGGUGUUUGAGUCCAGGAAGGGAUCCGGGAAGCAGCAAGGCUCCGAUUCGGAGUCCCGGAUCUUCUGGCUCGGACUGAUCAUCUGCCCCAUCAUCUGGGUGGUCUUCGCCUUCAGCGUCCUGUUUUCAGUCAAGAUUAAAUGGAUGCCUUUAGUGAUCAUGGGCGUGGUGCUGCAGGGGGCCAACCUGUACGGAUACGUUCGAUGUAAAGUGGGGGGGAAGACCAACUUAAAGAACAUGGCCACCAAUUAUUUUGGCCGACAGUUCCUCAAACAGGCUCUGUCGAAAGAAGAGGAAUCCUAGAGGUUUGAGACGUUUCACGGCUUGAAUGCCAAGAGAACACGUUUAAAUCUCAACACGGACUAAAACAGCUCUGCUUUUAUUUAAUUUUUUCCAUCUUCCAAGUGAAAGUCAAACAUAGAGUUUUAUUGCUCAGCUUCAGUUUCUGUAAAAACGCCAACCGGACGGUUGGCGUUUUUACAGAAACUGAAGCUGAGCAAUAAAACUCUUUUUUUUUUAACAAACACUUCCGCCGAAAUACAAAAACUGACUGUAGUUUUGUGUUUUAGUCUCAUAAAUCCAUCUUUAGUUUUAUUUUCUUCAUUAUGUAACAUUAAAACUUUUUUUUUCUGAUGGCUCGUAUGAACAGUUUUUGUUUCCAUAAAAAUUGUAACCUAUUGACUGUAAAURUGUAAGUAAACAAAUUCUGUGAACAUUCUUUUGUGCAAAUAUAUUUGCAAACUUUUUAA